AUUUCUCAUCCCUUUCUUCCUCUUCUUCUUUAAUCCAUCUUCCUCUUUCGCUGCUUCUUCUUCUUCUUCCUGUGGACUCUGUGCUCAAUCUCAUCGCGUUCUCAUCUUACUUUUCAUUUUUCUGAAAAUUUGGGGUUUUAUUGUAUAUUUGGAUCGAGCUCAUAAACUAAGCCAAAAACCCGCAGCUGCAGUUUAGAAACCCUAGCUAGCUUUCGGCAUGGAGCACGGUCCCAAGGCCGCGGCGGAGGCCGAGGGGAGGCCCAAGCCCUUCUCCCUCCCCAACGGCGCCCUGCGCAAGCAGCACCAUCAUAUGCACCUCCCGCCGCCCGCCGCUGCCGAGUUCAUGUACCGCGAGUGCCUGAAGAACCACGCUGCCAGCCUCGGGGGCCACGCCCUCGACGGGUGCGGCGAGUUCAUGCUCUCUCCGAACGCCGACCCCGCCGACCCCAGCUCCCUCCGCUGCGCCGCGUGCGGCUGCCACCGCAACUUCCACCGCCGGCUCCCCGGGCCGCACCGACGCGACGGCGCCGAGGAUGACCGCGACGGCACCGAGGACGACGAGGAGGAGGAGGAGGACGACGACGAGGACGAUGAUGGCGAUGAGGUGGAGGGAGAGGGAAAGAUCCCUCAGCCGCACCACCGCGGAUCGCGCUCUCCGCCUCCGCCGCUUUUCCACUCCGCCCCCCACAUGCUCCUCGCCCUCAGUGCCGGCCUCCACGGCGGGCCCUCCCCGAUCCCCCUCCCCGCCAGGCCCGUCGCCGUCCCCUCCGCGUCCCUCGCGGCCGCCGCCGCCGCCGCCGCGCAGCCGCGGAAGAGGUUCCGGAGCAAGUUCAGCCCGGAGCAGAAGGGCCGGAUGCAGGAGCUGUCGCAGCGUCUGGGGUGGCGGAUGCAGAAGCGGGACGAGGGCCUAGUGGAGGAGUGGUGCCGCGAGAUCGGCGUAGACAAGGGCGUCUUCAAGGUCUGGAUGCACAACAACAAGCACACCUUCCUUGGCCUCGCUCGCCGCGGGAGCAACACCGGCUCUAGCGGCGGCGCCCAAACCGAAAGGCUUAGCCUUGGCACCAAUGGCGACGACAGCCACCACAUCGGCAGGGACGAAGCCGACCUUGGCACCAAUGGCGACGGCCGCCACCACAUCAGCAGGAACGACGACGGUGGCAACGGCCAUGUGGUGAACGGUUCCUUCGCCUCCUCUUGAGCUGAGCUGAGCUCAGUUUCCCUGUGCUAAUACUGAUGUUGCUGCUGUUGUUGUUGCACUAGUAUCGACUGCUAGUUAUCAGUAAGUAGUUCAUGCAUGCUUAAUUUAGUGCUCUUUCAAGCUUCUCCUCUGUUCAGUAUUAACUUUAGUUUAGCUGCUGAUAUUAAGUAGGUUAGAGUAUAAUGAAGAGAGAAGAGAGGAAUCCAAGCAUUAUGUUUUAAGGUUGCUAAUGCUUCUUUUCCUGUUUUUCAAUAAAAAAAACACCUUUCCCCCCAUGUUUGCUAGUGAAUGAUGAUGUUUUAGAGAAUUCAAUAGAUUGUAUUAGUUUUUGAA